UCAUUUGAGUCCAUAUUGGAAACGUCACCUUCUUUCCCUUCCCCUUUCGUCUUCACAAAGAGCUUUCCCUCUGACAGUCUCCUUUCUCUGUCUCGUUCCCCUUCUUUCCCUCUAACAUAUCUGCUUCAUUGGAGCUUCCCAUGGCAGGAAAGAUCUCCACAUUAAUCUUGACCGUUGACCUCGAUUGUUACAUCUGUUCUAAGAAGAUCAAGAAGACCAUUUGCAAACUCCAAGCCCAAGAGAAAAUCGAGAGGAUCACCUAUGAUGAGAAGAACAAUACUGUAACGAUUUCUGGGUUCUUUGAUCCUCAAAAAUUAAAGAAGAAGCUCUUAUGCAAAGCCUGUAAGGUGAUUAGGGACAUUAAGAUCAAAGAGGAGGAGAAGCCAAAGGAGAAAGAGAAGCCUAAGGAGCAGGAGAAGCCCAAGGAGAAGCCGAAGGAGCCGGAAAAACCCAAAGAAAAGGAGAAGCCUAAGGAGAAGGAGAAGCCCAAUCCCGAGCCGGUUCAACAGUGCCAGCCCUUCUGGCCUGUCUAUCCAGCCUUCCCGACCUGCUGCUGGCGACCGUGCUAUGAGCAAUAUUAUGGCGGCUGCCGGUGCUCAUCCUGCGGAAUGCCCAUCGGGUGGACGGCGCCGCCACCGCCACCUGCUGGACGCUACAUGACCGUCCCCUCCUCAUCCACCUGUCAGUUCUUCUGCGAGGAGGAUCCUUCUUCAUGUAUCAUUAUGUAAUCAUGAAUAUUGAUGUCUUUCUUAAGGGAGUAAAUUUUUCUUCUUCUUCUUCUUAAUUUUACGUUCAACUGUCCUGUCGUCCCUUUCAUCUGUUCAUCUCCCUAAACCAUCAUUAAUAACUUAAUGAUGUAUGCCAAUUUCAUAAUAAUAUGAUUUCUUUGUUUGAUUAGAUAAA